UCGCCUCGCAACGGCAAUAAUUGCUGGCUAUAUUAUCUUGAGCGUAUCUAAAGCAGUCGAUAUUAUCAUCGCUCUUUAAUUAUCUCAGGGCCCUUGGGGCUCCCUUGGCCAAUACGAGAAUUUAUCCAUGGCUGACAGUCUUAGACUUUAGUCAUCAUCCACGAAAUACAAGGAAAGCCGGAAGAGAAGUUCAGAUAAAGCUGUAACGCCGAGGCUGUAUAUUCACUAUUACGAACAACGCUAUUCAGAUGUUAAAUGGUCCCCCUUGACUCAAUUUCUGGACUCUCCGCAUAUAAAGUAAUAGUGAAGUUGUUAGCGGUGCUACAUAAAAUGGGCAAUUUUCAAUUCGGACGAUUAGAGGGCUUUCCCGCGAUAUAUUCUCCGCAUCAUACCGCAGUGACAGUGGACGUGAUCGAGACCAUAUUAAUCGCAGUUUUCGUCAUUAUCUCGAUUGCUUAUAUUAGUAUCAUACCAAGUUACCGGAAAAGACAAAGCAUCUACAUGACCAUCAAGGUCACUUUAAGCAUCGUCAUUGGAUGUCUACUAAUCGUGGAGAAUUUUGGUCAGAAAUGGGAAUAUGGCAGAGCAAAUAGUACAACACCUUAUCGGGCCGGUGUGGGUGAGGAAAUCGAGGCCCGAUUGGAAGUCAAAAUAGGACUAAGAUCGGUGAACAUCACGUUGAAAGCUGAACCAAAAGAAAACACAACGCUCGCGAUGGAAACGAUCGAUUACAAUGAAAGAUUUCCUUGGACAUGGGAUCAGGGUAGAAUCGGUUUCGGGCCUUAUGCCGGAUUACUACAGAGGACCUUCCGCGAAAGCCAAAGGAGAGGUUUGCCGAUUCCCAUUUUAUGGAUCGCCGAAUAUUUUGUUAUUGAUGGGGAAGGCAUUCGAUUCGGGCGGUUUUAUCGAACCGCUGGCUGGUAUUGUCACAUUUUGCUUUGGACGGCUUUCGCUUGUUGGAUCUUGGCUAACAUUUUCCUGCAAUCUGUGAGUCGGUAUUCCGCUUACUUAAUCGGCAUAAUCGGCAGCUUACAGUUGUUGACUUGCCUCGUGUGGAUCUCUGUGCACAAUCCGAUUCCGCUUGUGAUCCCUUUCGAGAAAGACACCAUUAGGAUCACGCUGGGCACACACUUCUGGAUGACUUUUACAUGCGGUAUACUAUGUGUCCUUCUGGCGAUCGUAAUGAUAUUCAUGGAUCUACGUUAUCCCAAUACGUUAUCCACAUUUUUGGAGAUAGAUCCGCUCGGCCAAUAUGACGAAUUAGUAAUGCGGGGUAGCCAAAUGGAUGACAUAUUGCGCAAAAAUGUUCGUAUGGACAGCUCGAUAGAAAUGACUUCAACACAAGACAGAAGAAACACUGGAAUGAUGGUACUGAAAAGACGAUCAACCAUAAAAAAUGCACAAAAAUCGCUCUUUCGCGCCCCAGUACCUAUGAAGAUCGAGAUUUACGACGACGUAGCCAUUUACGAAAACCAAAUGGUUGCUGGGCCAUCCAAAGCACCUAUGAUAGAAAUAAGCGACGACGUUAUCAAGCCGCCGCCUGUCCCGAGAAAGAAGCGAACAAAGCCAAAAGCCUAAGCGACAACCAGCCAGUAAUUGACGAUGGCUUCUAGUUAUCAACGAGCGAAUGGAUCAUCGCAUCCGAAAGGAAGAAGCUCUCAAAUGAUGUG